CGGCGAACCUGCCGGAAGUGGCUGUUACGGAGACCGCGCACCCGGCGGGAGCAGCAGAGCAGCGGCGAGAGCGCUGGCGGAGAAGCAGACUGGUGGGGGCAGGUCCCGCGCUCCAGCUUCUUGCAACCGGGAUUUGCUUUCUGCUUGCGCUGGACUGAGGUACCCAUGAUGGAGUUAUCCGAGGAGGAGAAAACCUGUUCCGGGUGAGCCCAGGCCGCCCCGGAAAUGCGAUGGCCGAGGAGCGGGCACCAAGGACCAAACUGAGGUGGGAGUCAAGGCGAGGGAUGUAACUAUGAUUCUGGCCGUCUUCACCCCAUCCGAGUGAGCCCAGAAUCUCCAGAAGGUUGAAACCAGCCACGCUUGCCAAUGGGGUUUCCAGCCAAGAUAGUGGAUUCUUCUAGUUAAGAUAAAGAGCUCUGAGUGUGUAACAGUGGAAAUGUCAUAAUCUGCAUUAACAUCCCACAACUUGAAGACAUGACAAUUAAGGAACACUCAUGGACUUGUGGCACAUGGAAAUGUGUGCACAGAAAAAGGAAAUCUGUGAUUUUCUAAAAGUAGGAAGGCAUUCUUCCUCACCAAAAUGGGUGCACUCUGCUCAGUUAUCAAGUUUGAAAAUCUCCAAGAAUUAAAGAGACUGUGUCACUGGGGUCCCAUCAUAGCCCUUGGUGUUAUAGCAAUAUGUUCUACGAUGGCCAUGAUUGACUCUGUGUUGUGGUAUUGGCCUUUACAUACAACUGGAGGAAGCGUGAAUUUCAUCAUGUUGAUAAAUUGGACUGUCAUGAUUCUUUAUAAUUACUUCAAUGCCAUGUUUAUUGGUCCUGGCUUUGUCCCUUUGGGGUGGAAACCGGAAAAUUCUCAGGAUAGCAUGUACCUCCAGUAUUGUAAAGUCUGCCAAGCAUACAAGGCUCCACGGUCACAUCACUGCAGAAAGUGUAACAGAUGUGUGCUGAAGAUGGACCAUCACUGUCCUUGGAUCAACAACUGUUGUGGUUUCCAAAAUCAUGCUUCGUUCACACUGUUUCUCCUUUUAGCACCGCUGGGUUGUAUUCAUGCUGCCUUCAUUUUUGUUAUGACUAUGUAUACCCAGCUUUAUAAUCGGCUCUCCUUUGGGUGGAACACGGUAAAGAUUGAUAUGAGUGCGGCCCGCAGAGAUCCUCUUCCACUUAUUCCCUUUGGAUUAGCAGCAUUCGCGGCCACCCUGUUUGCAUUGGGAUUAGCUUUAGGAACAACCAUAGCUGUUGGGAUGUUGUUUUUUAUCCAGAUGAAAAUAAUUCUCAGAAACAAAACUUCUAUUGAAUCAUGGAUUGAAGAAAAGGCUAAAGAUCGAAUUCAGUAUUACCAACUAGAUGAAGUCUUUGUUUUUCCCUACGAUAUGGGAAGUAGAUGGAAGAACUUUAAACAGGUAUUUACGUGGUCAGGGGUCCCUGAAGGAGAUGGGCUCGCGUGGCCGAUAAGAGAAGGCUGUCACCAGUACGACUUAACAAUUGAACAGUUGAAACAAAAAGCAGAUAAGAGAGUCAGAAGUGUUCGGUAUAGAGUAAUAGAAGAUUACAGUGGUGCCUGCUGUCCUUUGAAUAAGGGAAUCAAAACCUUCUUCACAAGUCCCUGCACUGAAGAGCCUCGAAUAAGGCUACAGAGAGGGGAAUUCAUUUUGGCCACAAGAGGGUUACGAUACUGGUUGUAUGGAGAUAAAAUUCUCGAUGAUUCCUUUGUAGAAGGUGUUUCAAGGAUACGAGGCUGGUUCCCUAGAAACUGUGUGGAGAAGUGUCCCUGUGAUGCUGAAACAGAUCAAGCCCCAGAGGGCGAGAAGAAAAAUAGAUAGCUACGGUUACACUAAAAUUAUUCUUUAAGUCCUCUCCAUUACUUGAAAACUGUACAGAUUACUAAAGAAUUAUGCAAUGAGCCUACUCUGGUUAAGGUGUUCUUUUCCUCAAAGGUGCCCUAGUGCCAUAAUCUAAAUAUUUUUAUUACAUUUUGAAAUGGAGAAGCCAUUCUGCAUAUGCCUUUGAAUUCUUACCCCUUUUGCCACCUCUUCCUCUCCCCAAAAGGAAAAACACUUCACCCAAGUAAGUCAGUUGCAUUUUCUCUAGGACUUUUUUUAUGCGCUGCACACUACGGACCUCACCUGCAGAUACAGUUCCCCCUUUGCCAGGAGCAUCUGCAUGUGAUGCUUUUAUCCUGUUUCCCCCUCAGUUGACAUUUCUUAUGUGAUAUUCUAGAUACUAUAGAACAUAAUAUGUAAGAUUCAAUAUAAGCUUAAAUUUUAUUACCUGUCUUUUAAUAAUGCAGAUUUUGUCAAAUCAAAUAAAGAUCAAUGGAUGUUCUGUAUAAAUCUA